GGGGCGUGGGCUGGGGACCAAGCCAAGCAGGGCCAGGCCGGGUGGAGGACGGCCAGAAAGGGAGGGGCGGGCCAGGUGCGCACAUGCAGUGGCCGCCGCGGCGGCCGCCGACGUGUCAACCAGAGAUGCGCGCAGGUGUCCUCCAUUCCCCCUCCAAAAACUGAUGGUGAGGCUUAACCAGCCUCAGAGGGAGGGGCCCGGUGUAGGUCAGGGGUGGAAAGAAGGCUCCUUGGACAGCAAUAAGGAGCACCAGUUUCCCCUAAAGCGGCAUGAGCAGUGCCCCUGCGCAGGGCCCAGCGCCCGCCUGCCUCACGCUUUGGGAUGAGGAGGACUUUCAGGGCCGCCGCUGCCGGCUGCUGAGUGACUGCGCCAACAUCGGCGAGCGAGGAGGCCUGCGCCGGGUGCGCUCAAUCAAGGUGGAAAAUGGCGCUUGGGUGGCCUUCGAGUACCCUGACUUCCAGGGACAGCAAUUCAUUCUGGAGAAGGGUGACUAUCCUCGCUGGAGCGCCUGGAGUGGCAGUGCUGGCCACCACAGCGACCAGCUGCUCUCCUUCCGGCCAGUGCUCUGCGCGAACCACAGUGACAGCCGUGUGACACUGUUUGAGGGGGAAAACUUCCAGGGCUGCAAGUUUGAACUCAGUGAUGACUACCCAUCCCUGCCCUCUAUGGGCUGGGCCAGCAAGGAUGUGGGUUCCCUCAAAGUCAGCUCUGGAGCGUGGGUGGCCUACCAGUACCCAGGCUACCGGGGCUACCAGUAUGUAUUGGAGCGGGACCGCCAUGGAGGGGAAUUCCGUAACUACAGUGAAUAUGGCACGCAAGCCCACACCGGGCAGCUGCAGUCCAUUCGGAGAGUCCAGCACUAAGCUCCAUGGCCCCAGCGCCUCCCUGGAGGACCUUCAAUAAAAGCUCCUGAAACUGUCUGCC